AUGACUCGUGUGAUUCUCGCAUUUGCCUUUGCCGCCUUCGCCGCAGCAGAGCCGCAGAGGCCUGAGUUGCCUUCACUUCUCGGGGCACAGAGCAAGUCUGGUGACGUUCCGGAGUGCACUGGUACUGGAGACUUUCCAAGUGGUGCUCCCCUCUGCUACGGCGGCCAGCUCUUGGUGGAGACGUUUGCAAUCAAGGUGGUGAGCUAUGACGGAGCCUCCGGUGUGGUUGACAUGGAAAUGAAUGGCCCGCAGACUGGGCAGUGCUCCGGUGCAGCCUUCCACAACAACGACAAUGUCAUUACGAUUGCAGAUGGCUCCGGGUGCAAUCUAUCAGGCUCAGAGUACACCGUUCGUUACUGCCCGGACCAGGACGGCUUCAUCAUCAACCUGAUCAAGCCCUGGAACGUUGAUGUUGUCCUGUCCAGCCAAGCCUGCCCGUCGUCGCUGAAACAGGCUGAGAAUUCAGAGCCUGAAAAGCAGGCCAUUUUGCCGUGA